AUGCGCAGGUCGGCCGCCGCGCCAAAGUCGAUGAGCUUGAUGCGGCGGUCCACGGUGGAGACGAUGCAAUUGUGCGGCUUCACGUCGCGGUGCACGAUCCCUGCGGCCGCAGGGGAAGGCGACAGCAGAGAGGUGUUGAGUGGAGGAGGGCAUCCCCAGGACAUGACACUUCUCACAGGACUCCCCACCCCUUUUUUUGUGCCUCCAGUCUCAGGCAGGCCAGCCGGGCACCUGUGGAGUGGCAGGCCGCCAGGCCCUCCAGUAACUGCUGCAUCACGGUCUUGA